GUGUAUGUUUCAGGGUGGCGUUGGGAGGCUCGUUUCUUCAGAGGGGAAUACAGUGUUUAAUUGAAGAUGCAGUUCAUGCUCUUAUUCAGUCGACAAGGAAAGCUCCGGCUUCAGAAAUGGUACGUGCCAUUGUCUGAUAAAGAAAAGAAGAAAAUCACCAGAGAGUUGGUGCAAACAGUCCUUGCUCGAAAACCCAAAAUGUGCAGCUUCCUGGAGUGGAGGGACCUCAAGAUUGUGUACAAGAGAUAUGCCAGUUUGUAUUUCUGCUGUGCCAUAGAAGACCAGGACAACGAGCUCAUCACGCUGGAGAUCAUCCACAGAUACGUGGAGCUGCUGGAUAAAUACUUUGGCAGUGUGUGUGAGCUUGACAUCAUUUUCAACUUUGAGAAGGCUUAUUUCAUCCUGGAUGAGUUCUUGUUGGGUGGAGAAGCUCAGGAAACGUCCAAAAAGAACGUAUUAAAGGCCAUCGAGCAGGCUGACUUACUGCAGGAGGAAGCAGAGACCCCGCGCAGCGUGCUGGAGGAAAUUGGACUGACAUAAACACGGUUCUCCUCACCUUCAUCCUCCAUGGCACGCUCCUCCAUCUGCUCCGCGAAAACAACUACAACUCACCUUUGAGCACUCACUCACUCAGUACCCAGCACUCCACGACUCUGCCUUUGUUUUCUACUUCUUCUUCUUUUCCAGAGACAAUAAUGUAGCACUGUUUCAGUAUUUUCCUACUGAGUUUGGGAUUUUUUCAGCCUAAUGAGGUUUACAGUUAGAAAUCAGCUCAGUCUAAAGUUUUCAUGGUUUUGCUGCUUUCUAGUCUACAAAAAGAUGUACUGAGUAGACUGCAAUUUCAAUAUGAUUACUUGAUUCUAUGAAGUAUAUUUAUUAGAUUUUCAUCAACAGAAACUAAAAUGUAUUAGUUAGACUUGUGAAAUAAUAUCUGUGUCGUAAAGGGAAGUCAAAGUAUUACAUUAGCUGAACCAAAGAUUUGAAUCACACCACUUUAGUGUUGUGUUUAUCAUUUAAAAAGUGCCCAGGUCACCAACACUGGCAUCCAUCACUGCAGUCUGAAGGGAAAUGACUAAUCAUGGACUGAUUUAAAGACAGAUAAUGUUAUUUUAAUAAAAAUGAGUAUUGCCUUAGUUUACAGGCCAGUGUUACUCUGAUAGUCCAACCUAGAUUAUCAGGAUCACAGUAAUUGAUUAAUUUUAAUUCAGUUAUUCCACUUUAUUCAAUUAUAAGAAAUAAGAUUAAAAUGUGGGGAGGACAAAAACUAGAACUACUGCGUGGCAGUUAUAUGAGGUAUGGCUAUUAAACGAGACUGCACUUAUGAGGAUAAAACAGGGUGGUUCCCAGUCACCAAGGAUGAAGAAAGCAUGACAAAGCGAGUCCAAAUUCAAGGCCAUGUUGAUCGUUUUCUUUAAGGCUGUGUCCGAAACCACUCACUCAUUCCCUACUCCCUAUCCACUAUACAGUGAGCAGCAUAUAGUGGACUAAACUGCAAAACGCAAAAAUAAUUUUGAACACCACUCCGGCUGUGGGAAAUGACCUCAUCGCUGUCUUACAAUUAAAAUGUUUAGCAACAACGGCUUGUAAAUUUCCAUGACAACGGUAGAAUAACACUGAAAACUGAUACUAAACGUAACAUAUUUUCACAAAAAAAUAAAAUACUAAUAGAUAAAAAAGCUUGUGUCUUAAUGGCAAAAUAGUGUACAUUUUUGUGUGUAAUGUAACUUAUUUUUGCAUAAAGAUAAUGAUCUUGUCUUUUAAUCCUCAGAGUUACUCCGUUUUAAAUCCUUAACAUUUUCUUACAGAUUUGGUUAAAACCAACAAACAAAAAAGUAUUAAAUAAAGUUUUCAUAUGUGUUCCUGUGCUUCUCUCGUUCGUCUGUCAUGUUUGAGAGUAGCAACCGCGAUGCAUGAUGUAAAUAUUGCUGGGCUAGUGAGCAUCGGUUGUUCACUACUUUUCAAAAUACAUUGUGGGAAAGACUGAGUGCACUAUAUAGUGAAUAACAAUGCUCAGUCAUAAUUCCGACACAACUACAAAAUGGCGUAUUCACUAUAUAGUGCACUAUAUAGUGAAUAGGGAGUGAUUUCAGACACAGCUUAAGGGUAUUAUUUUGGAGGAGUGGGUCCCAGAAGGGUCAACGGUGAAUCAACACUAUGACAAACAGGUUCUAGAAAAACUGAGGGAAGAAAGAGACCACAGCUGUGGUAAAAUGGUUUCAUUCUUCAUCAAGACAACGCCCCAGCUCAUAGUGCGCUCUCAGUAAAGCAUGGACUAAAACAAAUCACAGUGUUUGAUCACCCUCCCUAUUCCCCUGAUUUAGCACCGCAUGACUUUCUCCUUUUUCCUAGGACCAAAUCUGUGCUUAAAGGAACACGUUUGAGUCCGUGUCAGAAGUUAAGACAAGAACAAAAGAGAUUCUGAGAUAACUGAUGACCGACUGCACUGCUUUGAUCAGUGGAACUUGAAUGCAGGGAAAUAUACGUAUUCAAGGAGAAAGACACUGAAAAAUGUUUAUGUUCAGUAAAACUGUAUGACAGAAUCAGUUUUGUUUUUUAAUUGUCAUACCUAUGCCACCAUGAGGUUUAACGUUAGACAAUAAAAGUUGAGGAGCGGAUCAAGAAAAAGGGUUGCGGUGGUUUCUUUGGUAGUGUAGUAGUAUUAGGUUUGUAAGCAAGGGAUUUAAACAAUAUUGACCCAUUACCUCUACAAACUAAAUAGUUUAGCCCUGAGUCAGGGUAAAACAUUUAAAGUCAAUGUUAAGUUUAAAGAGAAAGAGGUUCUAGAUCACAUCAGCUUCAUAAAUGCAGCCCGAUCUGAAAAUGUAAUUCCUCACAGAGCCAUUAAGACUCAACAUAACUGAAACUCACCUAAUACCAGUGAGAUGAUGGUAAUACUACUAAAAUGUGGUUUGAGGGAGCAACGAGGGACUUCAUGCAUCUACCAGAGCAAAUGAAACCUCAUUUUGCAGAUGUGGUUGCUCGCCAAGAUCGGUUAUAUAAACUACAACAUGUCCAUCUACAUCAGCUCAAACUAUCCUCUUUCUUCAGUUUGUGCCUCUCUUCUCUUUUUUGUGUUACCUAAACUUCAAUUAAUCUACAAAUACUUCAGCUAUGGGCAAGAGGAUCUGGCUGCAUACUUCUAAGGUGGAGCGUUUUGGGCUCAUCUGUUGCAGGCCGAUACAAAGGGGCGACCUCAAACGUGGGGCAGGAAGUUACAUACCUUAUCCAAGCCAGAACCAGAAUGAUGCACGUUUUCCGCUCGCUGUCAAAGGUUACAGUAGGAGGCUAUUUUUUCACAGCAGCAGAUUUUAAUGGAUAAAAAUCUAAAUUCAAAUUUAACACAUCACAAACUAAGGAAAACCCAAGAAGGGUUAGGCCCCUGAGCACUUAAGAUUAGGGUUAGGGUCAGAGUGGGGGUAUAAUAAAAAGUAACAUACCACAAACUAAGGGAAAAACUCAACAAGUGUUGGUACAUCACUUCCUGCCACAUGAUUGAGGUUGCCCCACCAUAGAGGUCUGCAGCCAGAUGCCUCUGACUCUAAAAAUACUCCAACCUAAUCAGUGUUAAAGCAAAGUUUUAUGAAUUCUAUUAGCCCGUGUAAAACUACAACCUUAACUUCACCUCAUGAUGCAUUCAUCUGAUGUAGAGUUCAAAGUUUUUAAUAAGAGCAGCUUUAAUAUAGGAUAUGUGCUGCAGAAUGUUUGAUCUAAGAAUGGGAGAUGAGACCCCUCUUUGGUUACCUAUCUUUUUCUCCUUACUUUUUAUUGUCCUGUUGUUUUUAUGUUGUCUUAUCUUAUGUAUUUAUGGUUCUAGUAUUUGAUUUUGUAGCACUUUUGGCAGCUUUUUCACGAGUAAAUUUAGUUUGGAUUUAAAUAUGAAUAACUUUACAGAUCAUAAAUCAGUUUUCUUCCCCACAUUCCAUUCAUCAGUACUGAUUAAACUACCAUCACGGCCACAUUCAACUAUUACAGCAUGUAAACUUCAGAUAAACUACUGUGAUAUUACAAAAAUAACAGUGCUAAAGGGACCAUGCAUGGAAUAGCAAUAGACACAAACCGUAGCAAACUGUUGAGACUUUUAUUUAUGCAUUUAUUUUUUAUUCAAAAUUAAAAGUAGUUUUUGAGUAAUUUUAUUAAAAAUGAGGGGAAAGAUUGACAAAACUGGAUGUGGAAUUGCAAUUAAUGUGUUUCUCUCUGUAUCCUCUCUCGUUGCACUGUCAUGAAGAAGCUGGCAUUGUUCUCAAAAUGUGUUUUUGAACUGCUCAUUUUUCUUCUUUUGCAAUCUGCAGCUUUUUCAAUUAAUCACAGCUGUUAAAAGUGACAUAUCAUACCCCUUUUCCUUUUCUCCUUUUAGGAGAGGUUUUUGGCCCUGUAUAAACCAGCUCCUAACAGGCUUCAUCAGAACACUUGUGUAUAUCUCUUUUGUCUGUGUGACACACCGACACAGGCACAGUUGUGUGCUUUCACAGCUGUAGAAGGAGAUUUAUGAGUGGAGUUACCAGGUGAAGGGCAGGCAUUAGUGAGAUCAAUCUUUUAAGGUUCUUUGACCAAACCAUGCCAGACUCGCCCCUUUCUAGGCAAAAAUAUUUAAUCCAAAUUUAUGACAGGAAAUAGGAAAGACAUGGAACUUAGCAUUGACAGAAACAACACAGUUUAAUGGUUCUUAAAAGCAAAAAUCCAGAGCCCAGUGAGUCACAAAUAAAAAUGUGGACUUUUCUGAGUGAGGAUUAGGAUCAUUACAUUAAAAAUUGAACAAAGUUAGAGAUGUCUUCAUCAGACUGGACAACCCCGUCCUAUCAGAGAUAGGUGCCCAGUGACAGCUGGGAUAGGCUCCUCCCUUCUGCGACCUGAGUGGGAUAAACAGUGUAGAUGAUGGAUGGAUGGAUGGUUUUCAGAUAGUUCGAUUGCCACCAGUGUUUUCUAAUCUACUGCUCCAGUCCCAGGGCUUAUUUUCACCUAAAUUAGGGCGUGGUCACUCUGAAGAGCAGGAGGUGACAUGGGACUGCUCUCACCCAUUAACAUAGUGACGGGGGGAUAAAGGGGAGGACUUUCUGGGGCCGGCAGAAUGGGAGCCCAUGAAAUCCUGGUCCAUUUGAAAGCUAAUCUAUGAUAACCAUAUUUUAUUUUUUUACCCUGAAUAAUAACUAGGUAUGCACAAUAUUAGAUUUUUGACAAUAUCCGUUAUGCUAAUAUUUCCAAAAUAAUUUGGCUAAUACUUAUAUCUAAAUGUAGUUCAGACCUAAAACUUCAGUCUUUAGAACACACAAUUUAAAGUUUGAGGAUGCACAAAUUAACACAUUUCAGUCCUUAAAACAGACCUAAAAGCGUAAAGAUUAGAAUGAAUAAGGAUAAAGACUGCAGCUGACACAGGUCUUCUUAUUCCUACUUAUAUCUGAUUUGUUUGUACAGCCAAUAUUUACAGCUGAUAAAGGCAGAAUUUUAUAGCCAAAUUAUUGGUUGUAACUAUGUGCUAAAAUUUGUACAUCUACCGAUAGGAUAGUUCAGUUUUUAAGCUAAUAUCUGCUGAUGUCUUGCCAAUGAUAUCAUGCAUCCCUAAAUUAAUAUUCUUAUCACCAAAAGAAAAAAAAUGAUUUAUGCUGUUGUAAAAUAAAGCCUUUUCAA